AUGUCUCCCAACAACGGCGAGAACGCAACGGCGCGCUUUCUCUUUGCUAUACUAAAGCAGAAGAACCUUAAAGAUAUCGACUGGAACCAGGUAGCUCAGGACCCGGUCCUGAUGCAGCCCAUCUCCAACGGCCAUGCCGCCAGGAUGCGCUACUUUCGUUUCAGAGCCACUGUCGAAGGCCACGAGGGCCGUGUAGCCAAGACCCGGGCCGGUGACACAGCGAACAAGUCUCGUGCGUCCAGGGCUAAGGCCAGAAAGGUCAGCUCCGAGUCGGUGCCCGAGUCGAACACCCACAGCAGCGGUGCUGUCCGCAUCAAGAAGGAGUUUGAUUAUCCGACGAGGACCUACCCCAUGUCCAACUGCUCUCCUGCGUCAAUCUCGGUCUCUGCGGGGGCAUCACCUUACCUCUCUGACUGCCAUGACGACUUUGGCACCGGUCGAUUCCCCACACCUUGCAGCGAUGAUAUGACCAACCACAUUCACACCCAACGUCAGACUGUCAUCGAUCCUGCUGUUACCAUCGAGGGUGGUGGUAACAUCCCGCACAACGCGGCCUUGUUCACUCCUCUGUUCUUGGAUCCGGGACACCCCAACAACGGGAGCGACAACAUGCACUCGCCUGCCUUCUCUUCCGCGUUUGACGAUGCAAGCAUCGAUAUGGUACACUUCGGGUCUGAUGCUGCUCGUGUUUCACCCGACAUCACAGCUCCCUAUAUGAUGGGUUCCAACGACUGGGAUCAGAGCCUCCAGCACCAAUUUUGA